AUGAUACCGUCGAUGCUUGUUUAUCUCGGUGAAUACCUGAUAAAUCAAGGUAUUUUCCAGUUGAUAAUUUAUUCAUAUGAUAAAGGGUGGCAUCUUACGCCAUCAAGUCAAUACCGUUGGUACCAAGUGUUUUACCAAGCUGGUGUUUUCAUUUCACGAUCUUCGGUAAACAUUAUAUUAUUACCUUAUUGGGCUUUAAUACUUUUGCCUAUCCUACAGGUGAAACCGGAUGUUCGAGAAUUUUCAAUGUCUAUCAGUUCGUUGGGUGAUGCAAUUGGAAUUGUUGUUGCUGGAUUCGCUUCCAUUCUACUUUAUAAUUAUGUAUGUCAGACGAGUUUACCUGCACAUUUGACAGCUUGA